CCCCCUCUCUGUCUUCUCACUUCCUCUGCUCUCCACACUUACACUGAAACUCAACCGUCUCAUCAUGGCGGCGCCUCAGACAUUCUCUCUCCUAGCCCUCACUCUCUCUCUCCUCGCCCUCGCUUCCACCGUCCACAGCCACAACAUCACCCAAAUCCUCGCUGACAACCCGGAGUACUCCUCCUUCAACAGCUACCUCUCCCAAACCAAGCUCGCCGACGAAAUCAACAGCCGCUCGACCAUCACCCUCCUCGUCCUCAACAACGGCGCGAUGGCUUCCCUCGCCGGGAAACACCCGCUCUCCGUCAUCAAAAACGCUCUGAGCCUCCUCGUCCUCCUCGACUACUACGACCCCCAGAAGCUCCACAAGAUCUCAGACGGCACAGUCCUCACCACCACGCUCUACCAAACCACCGGAAACGCUCCCGGAAACUUAGGCUUCGUCAACAUCACCGACCUCAAGGGAGGCAAAGUCGGCUUCGGCUCCGCCGCCUCAGGCUCCAAGCUCGACUCCUCCUACACGAAGUCCGUCAAGCAGAUCCCUUACAACAUCUCCGUCCUCGAGAUCGACGCUCCGAUCAUCUCCCCGGGGCUCUUAACCGCCCCCGCUCCUUCCGCCGCCGUGUCGAACCUCACCGGCUUGCUCGAGAAAGCGGGAUGCAAAACCUUCGCCGGUUUGCUCGUCUCGAGCGGCGUACUCAAGACCUACGAGUCCACCAUCGAGAAAGGCUUGACGGUUUUCGCGCCGAACGAUGAGGCGUUCAAAGACGACGACGUUCCGGAUCUGACGAAGCUCACGCAAGCUGAGGUGGUCUCGCUCCUAGAGUAUCACGCCCUCGCUGAGUACAAGCCCAAAGGCUCUUUGAAGACUAACAAAAACAAAAUCUCCACUUUGGCCACCAACGGCGCCGGGAAAUACGAUCUUACCACGUCGACCUCCGGCGACGAAGUUGUUCUCCACACCGGCAUUGCUCCGUCGAGACUCGCCGACACCGUGCUUGACGCUACUCCGGUUGUGAUAUUCACGGUGGAUAAAGUCCUCCUCCCUCCCGAGCUAUUCGGAAACGCCACUUCUCCGGCGCCGGCGCCGGCUCCGGUCACCGCGCCGACACCAUCUCCGGCGGAAGGUCCUUCGCCGACUGCAGCUUCACCGCCAGCACCUCCGACGGACGAGUCACCGGAAAGUUCUCCUUCGGACUCGCCGGUUGGUUCAGCGAAUAGCAAGUCGGCUAACGCGGCGGUUGCGGUGAGCUCACCGUCGUUGUUCGCCGCAUUGGUCACGCUCGUUGCCGUAGCCGUUUCGGUGUCUCUUUGAUCUUUCAAAUUCUCGUAAUUACGCAAGCUGCCACUGCUUUUGUUCUUUUUUAAUUUAUUUUUGUUCUACUGCUUUUGUGGUUAUUAUGGUUGUUGAGCUUAAACCUGGGAUUAGAGAGUGAGGUUUAAAUCUUUUAUUUAAUCACAUUUUCAUUAUUGCUUUCACUGUUUAUCUGAUACUAGACUGUUCAGAAAUUAUCCCCUCUUCAGUUAUUUAUCUUCUAUAAACCUUUUUCUUUUUACA